AUGCCGCGCGCGGACCUCAGCGCCCCCGUCGAGGCCGGCCAGAACGUCACGGCCGUCUGGUCGCAGUGGACGCAUGCGCAAGGCCCCGUCAUGGUCUGGAUGUACAAGUGCGACGGCGACUUCGGCUCCUCGUGCACGGGUGAGGGCCAGGGCUGGUUCAAGAUCGACCAGAUGGGCCUGUUCGGCAGCGACCCCAACUCGGAGGACUGGGGCACCGGCAUCGUCCUCAAGACGCUCGAGUGGAGCAGCAAGGUUCCCUCGAACCUCGCCCCUGGCAACUACCUAAUCCGCCACGAGCUGCUGGCCCUGCACCAGGCCAACACCCCCCAGUUCUACGCCGAGUGCGCCCAGGUCGUCGUCUCCGGCAGCGGCACCGCCGCGCCCCCGUCCGACAAGCUCUACAGCAUCCCCACCUACGCUCCUCAGGAUGACCCCGGCAUCACGGUCGACAUCUACCAGGGCGGUCUCACCAGCUACACCUGCCCCGGCGGUGACGUCUGGGAGGGUUUCGAGUAA